AUGGACUCUUCGCUGCAGUUCUCAACGUAUAAGGAUUGCCUGGCUCGCCGAGUUUUAGCCGAACCGGAUAUAAAUGCACCAACUCAGCCGGACUCGCACACCCAGGACGAAGCCGACGCUCUCGACGACUUUUCGGAAUACCUCGCGCGCGAGACGUGGUCGGCACUCCCUCAACGUCUGCGCGAUGCGACAUACGAGGUCCGAGAGACCGUACCGGACGUUGACGACGUCGAUUUGGACAACAUCCCCACCGCAUUCGCCGAUACCCUCAUAUCGUGCGGCAUCUCCGACGACGCGGACGCUGCUGCCGCCUUUCUCCGUAGGGCGCUGAAGGACUACGUCGCCGAAGCUUGUGCGCCGCCGCCGAUGUGGUCGAAGACCCGCACGACGGAAUGCGAGAUCUGCGAGCGCGAGGUUCCGCUCACAUACCACCAUCUCAUCCCCCGCGAGGUGCACAACAAGGUCCUGAAGAAGAAGUGGCAUCCUGAGGCGAUGCUGAACUCCGUAGCGUGGCUGUGUAGGCCCUGCCAUACAGCCGUGCACCACGUCGCCACCAAUGAGGUUCUUGCGAAGGAGUUUUAUACUGUGGAGCUCCUCCUGGCGCGAGAAGACAUCCAGAAGUGGCGACGGUAUGCUGCAAAACAACGUUUCGGGGUACGGCGCGGAUGA